GAAAGAGGGAAAAAAGGAAAAGCUAAGCAAGAAAAGCCGCAAAUUUAAGUGUGCUGUGUGUGACCAAACAACUUACAAGCAAAGCAGAGGAAAAAAAAAGGAAAAUAAAUCUCAAGGACUGGAAGGAAUUGUAAGCCGCAAAUGAACAGCGACAAAUGCUCGGCCCUCUUUUUUGCAGCACAAAUUAUGCAAAUGCUGCGCUAAGUGCGGCAAAAUGCUUGCAAUGCCAGCGACGACAAGCUACAACUACAACUGCAGAAAAUAAGCGGAAAAGCGGAAUUAGCAGCAGCAACAACAAUACCAGGAGAAGUCCUGUUCCGCAGGAAUAGCAAGGAUAUAGCAAAUAACAACAAAGAGGAGUAACAACAACAACAAGGCCAGCAUCAGCAGCAGUAUCAACGGGCUGCAAAAUGCGCUUUGGCUUAAAGUUGAGCUGCCUUUGGCCAAGCUUUUUAUUAUGGCUAACAUGGAGGAGCGUGGGCAACGGGGUAGUCAGCGCACAGCCAUCAUUAACCGAGAAAAUCCCAUUAGGUGCCAUUUUCGAGCAGGGAACCGACGAAGUGCAAUCGGCCUUCAAGUAUGCGAUGCUCAAUCACAACCUGAACGUCUCAUCCCGACGAUUCGAGCUGCAGGCCUACGUGGAUGUGAUCAACACGGCGGAUGCCUUCAAAUUGUCACGACUGAUUUGUAAUCAAUUCUCACGGGGCGUAUACUCGAUGCUGGGAGCGGUUUCGCCCGAUUCCUUCGAUACACUGCACUCGUAUUCGAAUACAUUCCAAAUGCCGUUUGUGACGCCCUGGUUUCCCGAGAAGGUGCUUACGCCAUCGUCUGGCUUCCUCGACUUUGCCCUCAGCAUGCGCCCGGAUUAUCAUCAGGCCAUCAUUGAUACAAUACAAUUUUAUGGCUGGCGCAAAAUAAUUUAUCUCUACGAUUCCCACGAUGGUCUGUUGCGCCUCCAGCAAAUAUACCAGGGUCUGCGUCCCGGCAAUGAGUCCUUUCAAGUGGAGCUGGUCAAGCGCAUCUCCAAUGUCAGCAUGGCCAUCGAGUUCCUGCAUACGUUGGAGCAGAUCGGCCGUUUCGAGAACAAGCACAUCGUUUUGGACUGCCCCACGGAAAUGGCCAAACAAAUACUCAUCCAGCAUGUGCGCGAUUUACGACUGGGCCGACGCACCUACCAUUAUUUGCUGAGUGGUUUGGUCAUGGACGAUCGCUGGGAGAGCGAGAUAAUCGAAUUUGGUGCCAUUAACAUCACUGGCUUUCGCAUAGUGGACACGAACCGGCGGUUGGUCCGCGAAUUCUACGACAGCUGGAAGCGUUUGGACCCCCAGAUGAGUGUGGGCGCUGGCCGUGAAUCGAUUUCGGCCCAGGCAGCGCUCAUGUACGAUGCGGUGUUCGUCCUGGUGGAGGCGUUCAACAAAAUCCUGCGCAAGAAGCCCGACCAGUUCCGGAACAAUGUUCAGCGUCGCAGUCAGACGCUGAUGGUGGCCCAAGCGGCUGCCUCGACGUCCAGUGAUGGCUACAACUACAAUGCCAGCGGUGGUGGAAAUGGUGGUGCGGGUAGUGGAUUUGCCGGCAGCGAUUCCGGCGGAUCCAGUGGCAUAUCCUCGCGAGCACUGGACUGCAAUACGGCAAAGGGUUGGGUGAAUGCCUGGGAGCAUGGCGAUAAAAUAUCGCGUUAUUUGAGAAAGGUGGAAAUCGAGGGCCUAACCGGGGACAUCAAAUUCAACGAUGACGGCAGACGCGUCAAUUACACGCUGCACGUCGUCGAGAUGACAGUAAACAGCGCCAUGGUCAAGGUAGCCGAGUGGAAUGAUGAUGCCGGUCUGCAGCCCCUAAAUGCCAAAUACGUACGUUUGCGUCCGCAUGUGGAGUUCGAGAAGAAUCGUACCUAUAUAGUGACCACCGUCCUGGAGGAGCCCUACAUCAUGCUGAGAAAGGUGGCCUUUGGCGAGAAGCUGCACGGCAACGAACGCUUCGAGGGUUACUGCAAGGACCUGGCCGAUCUGCUGGCCAAGGAACUGGGCAUUAACUAUGAGUUGCGCCUGGUCAAGGAUGGCAAUUACGGCUCGGAGAAAUCCAAUGCCCACGGAGGCUGGGAUGGCAUGGUUGGGGAGCUGGUGCGCAAGGAAGCGGAUAUUGCGAUUGCCGCCAUGACGAUUACCGCUGAACGCGAACGUGUCAUCGACUUUAGCAAGCCGUUCAUGUCGCUGGGCAUCUCCAUCAUGAUUAAGAAGCCAGUGAAGCAGACGCCCGGCGUGUUCAGCUUCAUGAAUCCUUUAUCACAGGAAAUUUGGGUGAGCGUCAUCUUCAGUUACAUCGGCGUGAGCAUCGUGCUGUUCUUUGUGUCUCGCUUCUCGCCACAUGAAUGGCGCCUCGUGCAACAGCCGCCGCAGCAAUCACAGUCGCAAGAUCCGCAUGCACAUCACGAACAGCUUGCCAAUCAGCAGCCGCCCGGCAUCAUCGGUGGUGCACCCUUGCCCGCUCCACCCGGGCCGCCCACUCCUGGCGCUCAGACGGCAGCCGGAGCUGCAGCCCUGCAGGCAGCCCUCUCCGCCGGAAGUCCCGGUUCUGGGGGCUCCUCGUCGACGGCAGUGAAUGAGUUCAGCGUGUGGAACUCCUUUUGGUUCUCGCUGGCCGCUUUUAUGCAGCAGGGAUGCGAUCUGUCACCGAGGUCCGUGUCCGGACGAAUUGCAGCCGCCUCAUGGUUCUUCUUCACCCUGAUACUCAUCUCCUCGUACACGGCCAACCUGGCUGCCUUCCUUACCGUUGAGCGAAUGGUCACGCCGAUCAAUUCGCCGGAGGACCUGGCCAUGCAAACGGAGGUGCAGUACGGAACUCUGCUGCACGGCUCCACUUGGGAUUUCUUCCGGCGCUCCCAAAUCGGACUCCACAACAAGAUGUGGGAGUACAUGAACUCGCGCAAGCACGUCUUCGUACCUACCUACGACGAGGGGAUCAAACGCGUGCGCAACUCCAAGGGCAAGUACGCCCUGCUGGUGGAGUCACCCAAAAAUGAGUAUGUGAACGCCCGCGAGCCAUGUGACACAAUGAAAGUGGGCCGCAAUCUGGAUACAAAGGGAUUUGGCAUCGCCACGCCGCUCGGUUCGGCGCUCAAGGACCCCAUCAAUCUGGCCGUGCUGACGCUAAAGGAGAACGGCGAGCUGAUCAAGUUGCGCAACAAAUGGUGGUACGAAAAGGCAGAGUGCAGCACUCACAAGGAUGGGGAGACCUCGCACAGUGAGCUAUCGCUGAGCAAUGUGGCUGGGAUAUUCUACAUACUGAUUGGCGGCCUGUUAGUCAGUGUGUUCGUGGCCAUCCUGGAGUACUGCUUCCGUAGCAAGGAUUCACGCUCCGCGUCCAGCGGUUCCGGCAUGGGAAUGGGACUGGGUAUGGGCAGUGUGGGCAGCGGUAGUCUGGGCAAAGCCAAUGGCUCCAUGAUGCUGGGACCUUCGAGUGCUGUGCCCGGCGUGAUGCCGUCGUCACAUCAAAGGAACACCCUCACGGACACCAUGCACGCCAAGGCGAAAUUGACCAUUCAAGCGAGUCGCGAUUAUGACAAUGGACGCGUUGGGUAUCUGAAUUGUGCCUCGUUGCAGUAUUAUCCGCCCGCCCAACUCUCGGCCACGCCAAACGACGCCGGGGACUCCCUGCACAUGAACGCCCACGGACAGGUCUGACAUGAGCACGCGCAGGAGUCGCGCCUCUGACGCACACCCUGCGCCCCAACGAUCCGCCGGAUAAUGGCCAACAGUCGCCAGGAGACGGAAAAGAUGAUGGGCGGUGGUCAUGGCGGCACCGUCACCGUAUCCGUUCCGGCCACCUGCUCGAGCAGCAUGAACGGCAGCCACGAAGGCAGCCUCACUCUGUCGCCGGGCAGCGGGAGUGCCACACUGAUGCGUCACUCGCCGGACAUCAACCAGCAUCCGUAUGGCAAGUAGGUGAUCCGAUGGGUUAGCUAUAGGGAUAUUUAGUUUGUAAGUGCCAGACAAAAAGACGUCAUACGAUAUUUAUCCUCAGCCAGGGGCUCAAUAAGUGCUGCAUACUUUGGGGCUUGCUCGGUUUAUUCAUUUUCCUUGAAUUAUUUUUCAAAAAGCAGAUAAAAAGUUACUUCUUUAUAUAUAUUAUGUUGAAUUUUUUCUAAACUAUUAUAUUUCUAAUGCAACAACAAAUGGAAAUCCCUUAUAAAACCCCAAAAUUGUUGUGGCAUUGUUAAAAGUAAAAGUAAUUUUGAAAAUGAAAUCGAUUGCCAAAGUGAAAAUGAGGGAAUGCGUUGAAUAAUUCAUGGCCCACUUUUGGAACGAUUGCGUGCCAAAUUUAUGGUUAUUAAUUUGCAAUAAGUGCACAAGAAUUUCACAAUAAAUCUCAACACCGAGCGAUGCAACAAAGUGUGCUGCUUUAUUUAUGCGGAUGCCGCAUUCAAAUAAUUGCGCUGCGCAAUCAGUUGGCAAAUUCUUUUUUUUUUUAGCCUGUCAGCAAGGCAAUGCAAAUGAAUGGUAUAAAUUAUUGCAUUACUGUUAACAGUCAGCUGAGCUGAGCUGAGCUGAGCUGAACUGUGCUGGGUGCUGUGAGGAUCGGGGAUAAUGAACGAGUGCGAGGUGAGAGGACAAACCAACAAAUGACAAGGCGGAAAGGACAACAUGCAAAACACAAAAUAACCAUAAACACAGACAUUCAGACAGACACAAAUACGCAGCCAGCUGCAUAUACUUACACAUAUAUAUAUAUAUAUUAUAUAUAAACAUUGCAAUUCAUUGCAUUCAAAUGACUGAUUAAUAUUUUUAAUAAACAACAAUGGCGCCGCAACUCAAUAGCUAAAAGGAAAAAUUGUGAAAACACGCACAAAACAUGGGAUAAGUGUUCGUAGCAGGUUAUUCAUUUUUUAGCCUCCUCAAUUAUCAGUGCGGGAUUUGUUGUCGCAUAUUUGUUUAUAAUUAAAUUACAGAAAACACUGGCUAGAAAAAAAAAAAGGAGAACGCUAAUGAAUACAAAGCGAGUGUCAGGCGGGGUGGGGGGUGGCCAACAUAAAUAUUGUAAUAAAUUAAUUAGCGCUAAAUAAAGAAAAUAGUUUAACUCAUAGUUCGGACUGGUGAAUGCAAAAACAAACAGAACAGAAAAAAUCUGAUGAGACAAGUGGCUAAAAAGCAGAAUUUUAAUUAAAUUUAUUUUAAUUGAAAUUGUUUUGAUUUCCAAGCUGUGAAAAGUAACAAGAAUUUUCACAGAUUAUUACGUUCUGUCAGUUUAAAUCCAUUCUGGCUAAAAAAGAGAUUUAUUUAUAUAAAUUUUUUUGUUAUUUUAACUUGGCCCCCAGUGCUUAGGUACUAACUAUUAGGAUAGGUUAGAUAUAAUGUUUGAAUUGUGAGUGGCAAAUCAGGCAACAACAAGAGUCGCAAACUUCCGCAUUGGCAAACAGGAUGUAGCUGUAAUUAAUAAUUGUAUAAAAUUAAACAAAAAAAACAUAAAAAACCAUAAAAAACCAACUCUAACUGUAGUUAAAUUUUAGCAUAUUUAGUACUUACUUUGCAUUGGCAUGGCUCAAGUUCUUUACUGUACAUAAAACAUGCCAAUUAAAAGGCCAAAAGUUAAAGAUUAAAACAAUAAGAAAGUAAAAGAAGAAAGCGAAAUACCAUAACAAUGAUCAAGUCAUAUCAAAAGGCAUUCAAAAUGGUACUAAGAUUAACCAAACUAACAAGUUGAAACUAAAAAAGAAAAUUCAAUUCGAAAAAAAUACUAAAAAAAAAACAAAACUAUUGUAAAAUAUUUAUGAAUUUAUCGUUGUUAGCUCAAAUUUGUGUGUGUGUGUGAAUGAGUGUAUGUGUGUGUGUGCAUAAAAUUGUUUAGUAAAUUUAUUUUAAAAAUCAUUUAAAACUUUCGGUUUAGGCUUGCCAUGGCUUAAGUUCUUAGAUUUGUUGGCUGAGGUAAAUGUUUUAUAAGCCCAUCUGGCUGUUAGAGACUUCAAACAACAACAACAACAACAACUGUUGCAGGUGAAUUGCAUUUAAACUCAAUUUUAGUUAUUUAAUCUAUGACAAAAUCAAAACGAAAAUCAAACAAAGCCGCUAAAGUGCAUAAAUAAAUUUAAUAUCAAUAGUAAACAGAGAACUCAAAUAAAACUACCGAGAUACGAGAUACGAGAUACGAGAUACGAGUAUAUGUAUGUGCAAGUGCAAGAGUAAAUACCUAUAAAUAUAAAUGGUAAACUGUCUAAACAAAUAAGUAUUUAUAUAUAUAUAUACGAGUAUAUACGUACGUGCUGGCCGACAACUAGAAAUGUGUUUGCUAGUAAGAACUACCAAUCAAAUCAGAUAAUAAAUCCCAGAGACAGAGCCAGAAAACAAAAGGAAAAACUCAAUUGAAACCGCCACAAAAAAACAAAAAGUAUGUUUUGGGGCAAAUCAAGCGAAUUUUGCCCACGGCAACAUGACUACAAUAUAUAUAUAUAUAUAUUAAAAGAGAUCAAAAAGAAAAUAAUUAGUAUUAAAAAACAUAGAAGUAAGUUCAAAAUCAAAUUUGUAUUUUUAUUCCGUGACACUUUCAUUUCAAUUGAUUGAGUUCUGACAUUGCCGGAAAAACCUUUUGAGAUUUUAUUUUUAUUUUUGAUAUGUACAUCCCCCUCACAUAUAUAUAGUCGUAUAUAGUUAUAUAUAUAACCACCAUGUGUAUAAAUUUCAAUUUAUUUGUAAAAUAUUACCAAAGUAAAUAUGAAAUGGAAAUGAGCAGCAGCCGUAACAGCGGGACAUUUGAUAUAUUUAUUAAUAUUUAGCAAACAUAUUGUUAUCGAAUUGCAUUUAACUGCCCGAAACCGAAGUGAAAGCCGAUAAUGAAAGCAAACAAAGAUGGUAAAUAAAACUAGCAUAAUAAUAAACAUUUUAAA